GCAGGGGGAGGCCUGGGGAGGCGAGACCGGCAGCCCUGGUCCCGUUGAGCCAGCGAGCUGACUUGCUCCCUUCCACCAGCCCCAGGCCUGCGCUUCCGGUUAGAUCGGUCCGAUCCCUCCGUCUCUCGCUCCCUGGAUGGCCCAGAAGGAGAACGCUUACCCCUGGUCCUACAGCCGGCAGACGACUCAGCCUGGCCUCAACACCCUGCCCCAGAGAGUCCUCCGGAAGGAGCCUGGCACCCCACCUGCCCUGGUCCUCAUGAGCCGCUCCAACGCCCAGCCCACAGCCGCUGCAGGCCAGAAGGUGGUGGAGAACAGCGCUGGGCCCCCCAACUUCUCAAUGCGAUCCUUCACCAUCGACGACUUUGAGAUUGGGCGGCCUCUGGGCAAAGGCAAGUUUGGCAACGUGUACUUGGCUCGGGAGAAGAAAAGCCAUUUCAUCGUGGCCCUCAAAGUCCUCUUCAAGUCCCAGAUAGAAAAGGAGGGCGUGGAGCACCAGCUUCGCAGGGAGAUCGAAAUCCAGGCCCAUCUGCAGCAUCCCAACAUCUUGCGUCUCUACAACUAUUUCUACGACCGCAGAAGGAUCUACUUGAUUCUGGAGUACGCACCCCGCGGGGAGCUCUACAAAGAACUACAGAAGAGCCGCACUUUUGAUGAGCAGCGGACGGCCACGAUCAUGGAGGAGCUGGCGGACGCCCUGAUGUACUGCCACGGGAAGAAGGUGAUUCACAGAGACAUAAAGCCAGAGAAUCUACUCUUGGGGCUCCAAGGGGAGCUAAAGAUCGCCGACUUCGGCUGGUCUGUGCACGCCCCCUCCCUGAGGAGGAAGACGAUGUGCGGCACCCUGGACUACUUGCCCCCAGAGAUGAUUGAAGGGCGCACGCACAACGAGAAGGUGGACCUGUGGUGCAUCGGGGUCCUUUGCUAUGAGCUGCUGGUGGGAAACCCGCCCUUCGAGAGCGCUUCCCACAAUGAGACAUAUCGGCGCAUCGUCAAGGUGGACCUGAAGUUCCCCCCAUCCGUGCCUGCGGGCGCCCAGGACCUCAUCUCCAAGCUGCUCAAGCAUAACCCCUCCGAUCGGCUGCCCCUGGCCCAGGUCUCAGCCCACCCUUGGGUCCGGGCCCACUCGCGGAGGGUGCUGCCUCCCUCCGCCCUUCAGUCUGUCCCCUGACGUGUCUCUGCCAUUCACUCGGUUGUGUCUGUCUGUAUGCCUGUAUCUGUGUACUCGGAAGGGGGGGUACCUGGCCUGUUCCUCUGUCUGUCUUCUACCUCCUUUUUAUUUAAUAAAGGCUGAAGGUUUUUAUAGGGAUGAGUUUAGACGUUUCCAGGUGGAGACUGCUGUGCGGGGGCUUCCCUUAGAGGGAAGGGAUGGAGCUGGGAGGGCACCGCACCGCUGCCCCCCAGCCAGCGCCCACACCCACAUUCUGUUCCCAGCACACCCCCCCUGCCCCCCCAACAUGGUUUCUUAACGUGUUCCAGCUCCCAGGGCCUGGCUGCUGGGGCCUCAGCUCCACUCUGCUGCCUUCAACACCACCCGCCUCUCCCCUCCUCUUCUCUCAACUGCGGCACCUCUAACUAAGCCUUUCCUUCUGGUUCAUUCUCCACCAACCUGGAACGUUGCUGUACCUUAGACGUUGUCUUUGUUUCACUGCUCACAUCUGAUACAAGAGGGAUAAGGGAAGGGAUGCACAGAGAGGUUACCUGGGCCACCGGAAGUCACACAGCUCGUAAUGGGAGAGCCCACUUUUAGAAGUCCGUAUUCACGACCGCCAGGCUAGAAUGGUGUAUUGACCCCUUUGCACAGCACACACAUUUAUUUUCUGCGCAUACAUAGUGCAGACCUGGGACACGAAGUGCAGUUUUUACCGCUACUGUGUGGUCUAGGAGGAAAGAACGGUUCUUCUUUAUCAGAUUAAGGGAGGGUUUGGUUUUUUUGUCUCGGGAAUAGGUAUUGACUUUGACUUCCAUCAAACGCUUUUUCUGCAUCUGUUGAUUAUUUGCUCUUUUAAUCGAGGUCAAGUAUGUGAAUAAAUUUUCUUUUUUAUACU